AAAAAUGCUUUCAGGCUCAAUGAAAUGAAUUAAAACAGCAAAAGGUUGGUAAAAGUCUUUUUCCCCAUAAUCAUUUGCUCCAUAAUUGACGUUUGUCUGGCAACAACUGGAAACACAGAUAUAGAAAAAAAGAUUGGACAGUAAAUCAUAAAAAAAAAAAAGCAAAAUUAAAUAGAAAGACGAAGCGAGAGAAAGAGCGUUGAGUGGCGUGAGAGUUUGAGUCCGAAAAUUAACUCCUCUCCCAUCUGCCAACUUUCCUCUGUUUCUCCUUUAUAUCCCAAACCUAUUCUUCCUCCACACCUCAUCAUAGGCAUAGCAAAACUCUUCCAAAAUGUCUGAUUUCUCGAGCUCCGUGAAGCUUAAAUAUGUUAAACUCGGUUACCAAUACCUUAUCAACAACUUCCUUACUCUUCUUUUGAUUCCAGUCAUAGCAACCGUCGCCAUCGAGCUUCUCCGAAUGGGUCCGGAAGAGAUUCUCAGUGUCUUGAACUCACUCCACUUCGAGCUUCUUCAUAUCCUUUGUUCCUCUUUCCUUAUUAUCUUUGUUUCAACCGUUUACUUCAUGUCCAAGCCACGUACCGUCUACCUUGUGGACUACUCUUGCUACAAACCUCCUGUCACGUGCCGUGUCCCGUUCUCUUCGUUCAUGGAACACUCUCGUCUCAUCCUCAAAGACAAUCCCAAGAGUGUCGAAUUCCAAAUGAGAAUCCUCGAGCGAUCAGGUCUAGGAGAAGAGACUUGUCUCCCUCCAGCUAUUCAUUACAUCCCUCCAACUCCAACCAUGGAAUCCGCAAGAAACGAGGCCCAAAUGGUUAUCUUCACCGCCAUGGAAGAUCUCUUCAAGAAUACAGGUCUUAAACCUAAAGACAUCGACAUCCUCAUUGUUAAUUGCUCUCUGUUCUCACCAACGCCGUCUCUCUCCGCUAUGAUUAUCAACAAGUACAAGCUUAGGAGUAACAUCAAAAGCUAUAACCUUUCCGGGAUGGGAUGCAGCGCUAGUCUUAUCUCAGUUGAUGUAGCACGUGAUUUGUUACAAGUCCAUCCUAACUCCAACGCAAUCAUAAUUAGCACUGAGAUCAUUACUCCUAAUUACUAUAAGGGUAAUGAGAGAGCCAUGUUGCUCCCAAACUGCCUCUUCCGUAUGGGAGGCGCCGCCAUUCUCCUCUCUAACCGCAGAUCCGACAGGUGGCGAGCUAAGUACAAGUUAUGCCACCUUGUUAGGACCCAUCGCGGUGCGGAUGACAAAUCCUACAACUGUGUUAUGGAACAGGAAGACAAAAAUGGUAACGUGGGAAUCAACUUGUCUAAAGAUCUCAUGACCAUUGCCGGAGAAGCCUUGAAAGCUAAUAUCACUACCAUAGGUCCUUUGGUCCUUCCGGCAUCGGAGCAGCUUCUCUUCCUCUCAUCCCUUAUCGGACGUAAAAUCUUCAAUCCAAAGUGGAAGCCGUACAUACCAGAUUUCAAGCAGGCCUUCGAGCAUUUCUGCAUCCACGCAGGAGGAAGAGCGGUGAUUGAUGAGCUGCAAAAGAAUCUACAGCUGUCGGGAGAACACGUGGAAGCUUCAAGAAUGACACUACAUAGGUUUGGUAAUACAUCGUCGUCAUCAUUAUGGUAUGAGCUUAGCUACAUAGAGGCUCAAGGGAGAAUGAAGAGAAACGAUAGGGUUUGGCAGAUCGCUUUCGGAAGUGGAUUCAAGUGUAACUCCGCCGUUUGGAAAUGUAACCGUACGAUCAAGACACCAACGGAUGGAGCGUGGUCGGAUUGUAUCGAACGAUACCCUGUCUUUAUCCCUGAAGUUGUUAAACUAUGAAAAUACUUUUUUUUUAUCCUUGAAGUUGUUGAACUAUGAAAACACUUUUAAAAGAUUGGGAAAAUAGAGAAAACUGCAAAAGACGAUAAGAUACAACACAUGUUCUAAUAACUGCGUCAACUUUUUCAUUUGGUGUAUUUUAUUCUUUAUACUUUCUAAUGAUGUGAUUUGUGAUGUAUGAAAUACUAAAAUUUUAUUUCUUAUGAGUUUCUUUUUAUGAAUACACAUGUCCUUUACGUUUAUUUUUAAAAACAUUGCUCAUGAAUCUGCUGACCUGUUGUAUUUGGUAAAG